AUGCAGACUCAAACUCGAACUCGAUAUCUGACCUCGCUGCUCUCAAUCCUGUUGCUUCUAUUAACACCACGUCUGGCCGGGGCCACCUGCUACUGGCAAAACAGCACCCUUGCGCCUGAUGACCCAUACUCGAUCGCGCCAGAUGACACGGCGUGCUUCCCAGAGCAAGAGAAUUCGCCUUGUUGCGGUACAGGCUGGACGUGUCUCUCGGACGGCGUGUGCUAUAUCGAACAAGAAGGCUCGUCGUUUUACUAUCGAGGAACAUGUACAGACCGCACCUGGGACAGCCAGCAGUGUCCAGGAUGGUGUUUCGCGCAAAACUCGAACACUUCCAUCCCACUGAUCAAGUGUGAUUCGGAGCAAGAUUGGUAUUGCUGCCCGGGAGAUCCGGACUGCAGCUGCAGCAGCGGGAAAGACGCGGUCAAACUCGGCGACGACCAACCAAGCACAAUCACCGUGAUCGGAAGCACAAGCUGGCCAGGCUUCACCAGCACCACCACUCCCUUUACCGCAAGUCCUUUGGUAUCUGUUGGCACCAGUACAGGCAGCAGCACUGGGGCCGCAAUCACCAGUGAAUUUGCAGCGACAUCUACCCCAUCCACCCAGUCGUCCAAAGGAUCUAGCACAGCCGGCGCUGCUGCGGCCUCGGCGACGCCAGCCAGUCCUUCAUCAUCCAGCGGCGGCGGCGGCUCCAGCCACUCGGGUCUCGCGGCAGGACUGGGGGCCGGACUGGGGGCCGGCGCCGUCCUCGUCGGCGCUCUCUGUUUUUUCCUCAUAUGGUCUCGUCGUCGUCGGCGGCGAAAUGCUGCUGCCAAUGCAGGAGGCCUCCUGUACAGUGGGAUUCCGGGAAAUGAGUACAAGGGCCAGCCGUCCUAUACGUCAUCGCACCCGUCGGGAUACCAGGACGAGCAGUUCCCGGUUGGAGGAAGUCGAGGCAUUGGCAGGCCUGAACUGGCUGGCGCGGGGGAACAUGACCGGUCUGAGUUGCCAGCCGUGGUGAAGUUGCCAGCCGUGGUGAAUAGAGCGGAACUCAACGGUUCGUGA